ACUUCGCAUCAAGAUAUAGAAAAGAAUUAAGAAUUCUCAACGCUCAGGUGUAGGCUAACAUUUAAACGUUCUUUUAUUUUGAAAGGUCGUACCGGAAAUGAAUGGCAUUUCGGCGUGUUAACACUGAUCCGCGGGCUCUCACUGCCUUCAGCUCAACCUCCUUGUUGGACCUGUGAGUGAGUAAGUGGACGUGCUUACUACUGUUUACCGCCAGUUUUCCCAUAGAAGAUGUGUUUUGGAUAGAUUUUUUGACAGGAAAGUUUGAUCCACUUGGUCGCUGUUUAUGCUUCUUCGCUUCUUUUGUGCGACAGCCUGAUGCAGAGUGGAGAGCAUUUCAUUGGGAAUAAAACUUGGGUUGUGCGCUGGAAUGGCAAGUCAGGUGUUCCUGAGCUCGGAUAGAGGCCGUUUCUUCCUGUCAUGGUGUCAAUGCCCGCGGUGAGUUCGCCUGGAGCACAAUGGAGGAAAGAAAGAGACUUUUCCUCUGUCUUCUCUUGGUGGUGCAGCUCUGUCUGAGCUCACCACAAGUCCUCAGAAUAGGCGGUAUAUUUGAGACCAGGGAGAGUGAGUUGGUCAGCAUGGACGAGCUGGCAUUCAAAUUUGCAGUAAAUAACAUAAACCGCAACAAGACCCUGAUGCCCAACACCACUCUCACCUACGACAUUCAGAGGAUCAACCUCUUUGAUGGCUUUGAGGCUUCAAGGAGAGUGUGUGACCAGCUGGCUCUCGGGGUGGUCGCCGUGUUCGGCCCGUCUCACAGCUCCUCGGUCAGCGCCGUUCAGUCCAUCUGCAACGCUCUGGAAGUCCCUCACAUUCAGACCCGCUGGAAACACCCGUCGGUGGACAACAAAGACACCUUCUUCAUUAACCUGUUUCCCGAGUACACCGCCAUCGCCAGGGCCAUCCUGGACGUGGUCACGUUCUUCAAAUGGCGGAAGCUGACCGUGGUCUAUGAGGACAGCACAGGUCUAAUGCGGAUGCAGGAGUUGAUCAAAGCUCCGGCAAAGUUCAACCUGAAGAUCAAGAUCCGCCAGCUGACCCCGGGCAACCAAGAUGCCCGACCGCUGCUUAAGGAACUGAAGAAAGACAAGGAGUUUUUUAUUCUCUUUGACUGCUCCUAUCGCAUGGCUUCAGAGCUCCUUAAGCAGCUCUCAUCAAUGGGAAUGAUGACCGAGUACUACCAUUUCUUUUUCACGACUUUGGAUCUGUUUGCCUUGGACUUGGAGCCGUACCGCUACAGCGGGGUCAACAUGACCGGCUUCAGACUGCUUAAUGUUGAUGACCCCUUGGUAGCAUCCACCAUGGAUAAGUGGGCUAUGGAAAGACUGCAAGGUCCAAAACAAGAGAGUGGCCUGAUGGACGGAAUCAUGACUACAGACGCAGCCUUGAUGUAUGAUGCAGUGUUCAUGGUCGCCGUUGCGUCGCAGCGAGCCACUCAGAUGACCGUCAGCUCCCUGCAGUGUCACCGCCACAAACCCUGGCGCUUCGGACCGCGCUUCAUGAACCUCUUCAAAGAGGCACAAUGGGAUGGACUGACAGGGCACAUUGUUCUUAAUAAGACCGACGGCCUGAGGAAAGACUUUGAUUUGGACAUCAUCAGCCUCAAAGAGGACGGCACUGCCAGGGGUUUUGUGGAGGGAGGAAGUCGCCUCACGAAAAGGUGGAUCAAGAUUGCUGUGUGGAACUCGUACAGGGGGAUGAACCUGACGGAGACCAGCCGAGACAAGAAUAACAAUGUGACGGACUCCCUGGCUAACAGGACUCUUAUUGUCACCACGAUAUUGGAAAAUCCAUAUGUGAUGCAGAGGAAGUCCGACAAGGAGAUGAUUGGUAAUGACCGUUACGAGGGUUACUGUCUGGACCUUUUGAAAGAGCUCUCCAACAUCUUGGGUUUCACCUACGAAGUCAGACUGGUGGCUGAUGGCAAAUAUGGUGCCCAGAAUGACAAGGGAGAGUGGAACGGGAUGGUCCGGGAGCUGAUUGACCAUAUUGCAGACUUAGCUGUGGCCCCGUUGACCAUCACAUACGUAAGAGAGAAAUCCAUUGACUUCUCCAAGCCCUUCAUGACCUUGGGUAUCAGCAUCUUGUACCGCAAACCAAACGGCACCAACCCGGGCGUGUUCUCCUUCCUGAAUCCCCUUUCUCCCGAUAUCUGGAUGUACGUGCUGCUAGCCUGCACAGGAGUUAGCUGUGUGCUUUUUGUGAUUGCCAGGUUUACACCGUACGAGUGGUACAACCCACAUCCGUGCAACCCGUCCUCGACUCUCAUACAGAACAACUUCACUUUACUCAACAGCUUCUGGUUUGGCGUUGGGGCUCUCAUGCGGCAAGGCUCGGAGCUAAUGCCUAAGGCUCUGUCCACUCGUAUAGUUGGGGGCAUCUGGUGGUUCUUUACCUUAAUCAUCAUUUCCUCCUACACGGCCAACUUGGCUGCCUUCCUCACUGUGGAGCGAAUGGAUGCUCCGAUCGACUCAGCAGACGACCUGGCGAAGCAGACCAGGAUUGAAUACGGGGCAGUGAGAGAUGGAUCAACCAUGACUUUUUUCAAGAAAUCUAAGAUCUCCACCUAUGAGAAGAUGUGGGCGUUUAUGAGCAGCAGGAAGAACACUGCAUUGGUUAAGAACAACAAAGAAGGCAUCACCCGGGUGCUGACCACCGACUACGCCAUGCUGAUGGAGUCCACCAGCAUCGAGUACAUCAGCCAGAGAAACUGCAACCUCACUCAGAUCGGAGGUCUCAUUGACUCCAAGGGCUACGGAGUGGGAACACCUAUAGGGUCCCCAUACAGGGAUAAAGUGACCAUUGCCAUCCUUCAGCUGCAGGAGGAAGGGAAGCUGCACAUGAUGAAAGAGAAGUGGUGGAGGGGCAAUGGAUGUCCAGAGGAGGACAACAAAGAAGCCAAUGCUCUCGGCGUGGAAAACAUUGGCGGCAUCUUCAUCGUCCUGGCUGCUGGUCUGGUUCUCUCCGUGUUCGUGGCUAUCGGAGAGUUCAUCUACAAGGCUCGCAGGAACGCCGACAUAGAGGAGGCCUUCUGUUUCUUUUACGGGGUGCAGUCCCGUCAGUUCCAGCGCCGUGGCUCCACCUCCUCCUCUGGCACCUCCUUAUCUACUGAUCUGGAGAGCGGCAGGCUACUGGGGGAUGACACAGAGUAGCCAUGGCAGCACAUUUACCACACAUAGACACUCUAGACGAUAGUGUGUAUCUUUUAGCGCCCUGAUGGAGGAGUUGGGAAUAUCCAUGCAGUGUUACAAAGGCAUCCGGAGGAGAUCAAGAGCACAGAGCGGAGCAAGGACAGUUUGUGUCCUCUGUCAACCCAAACGCACUAAGAGAGAAGGAGCGAGACGGGACUCCAGCACGUGAGCCUUGGAUAUACAAACGGAUGGAAAUGGAUCAGAGACUGAUGACUGAUCACUCUCCACUCCUUUAUUUGUGGGCCAGAGAAUGAUAUAAAGUUGUUUCCUCAUCACCCUUGUGUCUGGAUAAUUUAUUGAGCAUUAUACUAUUUAUUUAGUUAACAAAGUCUUGGCCUUGUAUCAACAUUAAUCAUGUUAAAACAGGCGAGUACUAUGAGCAAAAGAGGCCUCGUAGUUAAAAAAAACCCAUUGCUGUUCCUAAAUGGCUGUAAUUCACUCUUCUGAGAAGUUUGCAGAGUUGAAUCUGCAAACUUUAUAGAUACUCCUGUUGUGUAAAUGUAUGACAACUUCACUGACUUUCAGAGUAAAACGAUUUUUGCAUUUGGUAAACCAAUGACUGAUGCUUGUUGUUUAUGCUUGGCAGCAGUUUGUGCGUGUGUUUCCUAUGUGCCUACUGGCAGGCAGCAGAGUAUCUUCAGGGCCUAUUGCUGAGCCAACCCUGGCCAGUGAAAAAAGAUAAGGACCUCUAAGGAAAGUAAGGAACAUACCUGCUGUUUUAUGCCCUUCAAGCACUGUAAGUGCAGACAGCAAAUCCCCAUUCCAAACACAUACACGCACAAACACACACAGCCCAUCAAAUGCUGGUGAUCAUAAAAUAUUGCCCUCUUUGCAUCAGAGAAAGAUUGUAAUAGGGGCAGAAGGAAAGGUGAAAAUAAGA